AUGCGAUCGACACAAUUCGCACUCGCGCUCGUCGCGCUCAUUCUCUCGUUCGUCACUCUCGCAUCAGCACAGGCCGCCGCCGGUGGUGGUGCCGGUGUCUUGACCACAUACACGGGUGUUCAGAUCAUCUCGGGAUACACACCACCGCCCUCGACACAGUUGCCAGCUCCUCAGGUCUCGCGUGGCACCAUCUUGACCACCAUCCCUGGCUACGGUAACGGCUCCAACGCGGCACAGAACCAGGGCUCGUCAGGCUCGUCCAGCGGUGCCAUGUCGCUGCUCGACUCGAGGAGUUUCCUGUCGCGUGUCGCUGGCAGUGCCACGGUCAUGGGUGUUGCUGUCGUCGCUGGCGCUAUGCUUCUUUAA